AAUUUACGCCGAUGCAGCCAUGAAACCUGCUUUUAUCCCCCCACUAUAUACCCUACCCUCCCCUCUUCCAUUUUCUUCUUCGUCUUCCCCCAACUUUUUACCUCUUAAAACAAAACCUUUUCUCACUACUUUCGCUCGCUCUACUCUUUGAGCUUUGCAUGUGAAGCUCGGGUCUUCUAACUUAACAAUCCUACUUCAAAGCCGUUUAAUCUUUCCUUUUGGUCUCACAUUGAUCUUUUAAUGGUGGGUUCUUGCUGAUUCGUGUGGAGUUAAUUUUUUGAUUAGAAAUGGCGAGAGAAAAUAACUGGCUCUCAUUUUCCUUAUCACCAAUGGAGAUGUUCAGUUCGUCGACUUCUCAGCCACAGCAGUAUUUCUUCAACGACAACUUUUAUGCCGAUGGUUGGAGUAAUAACGGGAAAGAAAACAACAGUCAUGGGGAGGUGAAAGACGGCGGCGAUUCGCCACUCUUCAGAAGCUUCAUGGAAUCUCAUAUCCACCAACAACAAGCUCCGAAGCUUGAAGAUUUUCUCGGCGGCGAAAUCAACAUCAACACCACCACCGCCUCCGCCGCUUCCCACCCGUUAAACUCCUUCCGUUACUCCGACGUCUCGCAGACAGAAACCCAGGACUCAUCCUCCUUAACCAACAUCUACGACAGCAACAGCUCCGUCUACUUUUCCGACCAACAAGAUCUCAAAGCAAUCACUACUACAGCUGGGUUCCCGUCGACGUUCUCAACCAACUCAGGGUCUGAGGUCGACGACUCAGCCACCCAAAUGACCGAGUUUGCCGGGCAAUCGAUUGAGUCAGGUAACGAGUUGGCUUAUGCACAGUGUCCGAUGAAUGCGCUGUCGUUGGCGAUAACCAGUACCGGCGCCGCCACCCGUCAAACUCCUCCUGACCAGCAGAAGGCCAUCGUAGCCGUCGAUUCCAUCAGUCAGAAUAGUUGUAAGAAGAUUACUGAUACUUUUGGACAGAGAACUUCGAUCUACAGAGGUGUUACUAGACAUAGGUGGACUGGAAGAUAUGAAGCGCAUCUUUGGGAUAAUAGCUGUAGAAGGGAAGGUCAAGCAAGGAAAGGACGUCAAGUGUACUUGGGUGGAUAUGACAAAGAAGAUAAGGCUGCGAGAGCUUAUGAUUUGGCUGCUCUUAAAUAUUGGGGGCCGACUGCCACCACAAACUUCCCGGUUGCAAGCUAUGCGACAGAAGUGGAAGAGAUGAAAAGCUCAACAAAGCAAGAAUUCAUCGCGUCAUUAAGAAGGAAAAGUAGUGGUUUCUCAAGGGGUGCAUCCAUCUAUCGGGGUGUGACAAGGCAUCAUCAACAAGGGCGUUGGCAAGCAAGAAUAGGCCGAGUUGCUGGAAACAAAGAUUUGUAUCUUGGAACUUUUGCCACUGAGGAAGAAGCAGCCGAAGCCUAUGACAUUGCAGCAAUCAAGUUCCGGGGGAUGAACGCAGUGACAAAUUUUGAAAUGAAACGAUACGAUGUUGAAGCUAUUUCCAACAGCUCCCUUCCAAUUGGUGGCUCAGCUAAGCGCCUGAAAAUCUCACUGGAGGCUGAGCAGAAACCAUCUCUGAUCGCCAACCACCAUCAACAGCCACAAUACAGCAGCGGUGGCAGCAUCAGUUUUGCUAACAUCCCACCGGUUUCUGCCCUUCCUUAUGGCAUGCAAUUUGAUCCAAACUCAAAUCAGUCGUAUCAUCAUCAUCAGAAUCAUAAUUUCUUCCAGCAUCUCCACCUGAACAACGGUGGUGUUACUCCUCAAACAUCUGGGUCUAUGUCUUCUGUAGGGAAUCCGAUGGCGUUACUGCCUCCAACACCAGCGGAGUUCUUCAUUUGGCCUCACCAAUCUUAUUAACAUAAUGACAAAAGCACUUCCAAGAUAACUUAGCGCCAUAGAGAAUGCUAAUUUUGAAACUUCUAAGGUUUUGGUAUGCUGACCGGUUUAGGGUAGCUUUUUUAUGGGGUAGUAUUAGUAUGGGCUGGGGUAUAAUGUUUUGGGUUUUCUGUUGGUGGACUUUGGACUAAAUCUUGUAAACAGGUGUUUGGAAUGCUAAUUGGUAGAAUGGUCUUUUUGGUGGUUAAACAGUGUCUCACUUAUUUUAUAAAUGUGAAUUUAGUAAUGUAUCAUUUGGAGGA